AUAUCAGCAUUUAUUAAAAUAGUUCUGGACAAAUAUGACAAAGACGUGAAAGCUAUGCCACUCAGUAAUAAUAUUGUUCACAGAAGAUUAGAUGAAAUGUAUCAACAUAUUGAAAUAAAACUUUUUGAAAAACACAAAACAAGAAAAUUUGCAGUGCAAAUUGAUGAAUCGAAUUUGUGA